AACAAGUAAAUUAAGGACUUUCGGUUUCAUAAAUACCCUCUAUCUGAUACAGGAACAAUUAUUUACUCACUAGACUAGACAAAGCAUUUAUUAUACGAGCUACAAGAGUUUGAAGAUUUGGUAAACAGAUUAAAAUGUCUAAAACAAUAAAAUUCAGUGGCAUCUGUGAGGAUAAUAUUGAAUUAUCAAAUGACCAAACUGUUGCCACAUGGAAACCCGUUAUUUCCAAUGGAUUUGCAUUGACUGAAUCUAAACUGCGACCUGGUGAUGUUAUGAAAUUAAAAGUAGAAGGUAGCGGCCGCUGUGAUGUUGGUUUAAUAAUGGGUAGUAAAGAUAAAGAUAAAGACUUCAGCUACUCACACGAAAUACGGGUUCAUCGAAAAACAUGCGUUGUAAACAUUCAUCAAGCCGGCAAUCAGGUUUAUUUUGAUUAUGACCAGAGAAAAGAACAGAUAGCAACGAAAAAGCAGAAGAAAAUUUGGAUUGUCGCUUGCAUCCAAUAUGGUGACCUGUGUGUUGAACUUAUGUCACAAAAUGGAUCCUUAUCUAAGUUCUGUUCCACGGACAAAGGGGAAAAUGUAAGAAUAAGUAAAGACAAAUCAAGAUGUGUCUCAAUAUGCAAAAAUCCGGCGUCAAAGUGUUUCCUAUCUGAACAGAUAAGACCAAUCGACAAAGUUUUGCUCAAAUGUUCGCCGGUAACAGAAGGUGGACGCAAAAUUUGCAAACGCGAAUUAAAGUUACUCGUAAGUAACAAGAAUCCACUACGUACCCAAAAUUGUUCUCCAAUUUUAAUUGCAACACUGGGAAAACAAGAUUGCGAUGGUACGCUGAUCGUUUACUCAUCAGAUCGCAGAACUCUCGAGUACACAACUCCAUCAGGGGAACGAACUGCACAAACUUUACGCUUUGAUAUUACAAACGGGCUUUGGGUUACAUUGGAGUUGUAUGGCGUUGAGGUUGGUGAAGUACAGAAAACAACUGCUGAAAAUAUUGAUGAUGUCUGCGGAAAUGAUCAGGUAGACAGUGUAUGUAAUGAUCUAAGAAAAAAAGACAAGGACCUUUCCAAACAAUCACCGGACAAAAAUAAUGGAAAUAACGAUGGACACAGACGUCGUGUUUUCCGUUCUCAAUCUGAACGAAAAGAAGCAACUAAAGAACAUUGUAAAAACGAAAACGGUGAAAAGUUUAACAUACAGCCAGGCAAAAUGGACCUUGCUCGUGACAUAGAAACUAUUAACUCUAUAAUGACCAAUGACUUAGUAGAUGAAUUGAACAUACAAGAUCGGUUUCCAGAAUUGGUUAGAAACAUUGAUACAUUGUCUUUUUGUGACCAUCUGUUCGCAAAAGGCGUUGUGACCGAUGAACAAAUGGAUGCCAUCCAUGCAACAUUUUAUAAUAGAGGGAAAAUUCAAGCAAACAGGGAACUUUUGAAAGCCAUGGCAACCAAAAAAGUCGAAAAAUCUCUGAUGAAAGAAAUUUUAAAAGAGGCUCAGCAUCAACAUUUGCUAGAGAUGCUUUAUCCCCCAAUUAAAACAUUUUCUACACAAUAA